AUGCACAUCAGCGAAGUCCUCCUGCGCCCGACCAUUACCGAAAAGAGCACCCUGCUGCAGGAAGUGGGCCAGUACACCUUUGUAAUCGCUCCCCGGGCGAACAAGACGAUGGUCAAGCAGGCGGUCCAGGAAAACUUCAACGUCACGGUCCUCAGCGUCAAUAUCACGCGCAAUCACGGCAAGCGCAAGCGGUAUGGCCCGCGCUACAAGAAGCAGCCCGACGUGAAGAAAGCCGUGGUCACGUUGCAGGCCGGCGACCGCAUCGAACUGAUUGAAGGCCUGUAG